UCUGGGUGCGCGCAUGCAGGACCCGUCCCUACAGCAGCAGCCUGCCGCGGAGCCGUGGAGCCGGGAGCGUGGAGCCGCCAGGAGCGCACCGAGAGAGAGCCACAGAAGAUGGACGGAGUGGGAUCGUUCGGAGCGGGCCGGACCGGGUCCACCAUCGACCCGAUCGCCUUCGCCAAACAGCCGCAGACCAUCCUCAGAGUGCUGUCAUGGAUAUUUUCCCUGGUGGUCUUCGCCUCCAUCGUGAACGAGGGCUAUGUCAACAUGGGCAGUGAGCGUCUCCACUGCAUCUUCAACAAGAACGCAGACGCCUGUAACUACGGCGUGUUCAUGGGCCUCGUGGGCCUGCUGGCAUGCUCCUUCUUCUUCCUCCUCGACUACAAGUUCUCCUCCAUCAGCUCUGUCAAAGACAGGAAGAAGGCCAUCAUGCUUGAGAUUGGCUUCUCAGGUUUCUGGACCUUCCUGUACUUUGUAAGUUUCUGUUUCCUGGCCAAUCAGUGGUCUCGAACCACGGCUGAUGAGCUGCCACUCAACCAGGGGGCGGACGCAGCUCGGGCAGCGAUCGCUUUCUCUUUCUUCUCCAUAAUCACCUGGGCGGGUCUAACGGUGCGUGCGGUCCAGAAGUAUCUGCUGGGUACAGACAUGACCCUGUUCACCACGGAGCACAUGGAUGGCGGCGCACCCACCCAGCCGUACCCCUCCAACUCACCAGUAGGCGGAACCACUGAGACCACAGAGACCUACCAGAGCCCACCUUUCACUGAGAACAACGCAGCACCCACAUACCAGGUUCCCAUUUACUAGAGCUGACAGACCCGAUGGUGGAAGAGGAAGCUCGGAGGAAAGGGAUGAAAAGUUAAAGAAAAAUCGCUUCCUGUGAUGUUACACGUGCAGUUGUUUAUGUGUUGAUCUGAUUUUUCAGUAACUGUUAAAAGUGGCCUCCGCUUCUCCGUCUCCUCGUCUUGUUCACGCUCCUUCCUCAACAUUCCAGCUUCCUCUGCACUUUUCCGGACCUGCGGUUGUGUUGAACGCAGCGUCCUCGGAUCAGAGCAGGUGAAAAGAAAUGAAAAAAUAAAGAAAAACCAAGAAGUGGAGAUAUAGAACAGGAGGCCACUUUGCAGUAUUCAAACCCUAUUUUGGCAAAAGAAAAACAGAUGAAGGCAUUAACAAUUGAGCGACUCCACCACAAAGCAGUGUUAGGUUACUAAAUAUAGCGCAGAGGGCACUCACAUGUGGCACCUUCAUUCAUCUUCCUCCUUUCAUUCAUUGAAGCCGUUACGGGGAAUGUUUCUUUAGCUUCAGCGUGCUCUGGCCGUUCCUCCCUCGUUCCCUGCUGCAGUGAAACGUGAUCAUGUGUAUUGAAUCUGCAUGUUUCCAAACUUAGACAUCAACUAAGUGCCAUACUGUACUGUGCGUCUCAGACAGUGACUUAAUUUAGUAGAUUUUCACAUGCUGUAAAAGAAAAACAAAAAACAAUGAAGACAAUGUUUUGUGACCAAGUGCAAUAUCUCACAUUCUUAUGUAGGUAGGUAUGUACUGUAGCGUAGGUAGGCUAGUUACCGCCAGAUUAGGUUCAGGCACUGUCUCAAAUUACUGACAUGUCUUUGAAUUGUUCUCAAAUCUCAGACAAGUGGGAAAUUGUUGAUCUAAAUUGUUGAGCUUCCCCGGUGAAGUUUGUUGGACGUCAAACAGAUUCAUCUGCAAAGAUUUAUGAUUUAUAUAUUGUUACGCCAUCUUCUCAGUACGUUUUUGUCUUCCUUGGUAUUUUGGAGUCCAUUGUUCUACAGGAAACCAACAUCACAAUGCAAACUAUUUCUCGAUAGCUUCAUGUGCUCAAGAGUGAGCUUCAUCGAGGAUGUCACUUUUCAGUAAUAUUUCUGUCUCAGGCACGGAUGAACUAGUGAAUGAGGUGAACCUGAAAAGAUUCAGUGCAAGAUGAUGACAAAUAGACAUAAAAUGGCCGCAACGGGAAAAAUAAAGAGACGCGAAAAAACCAAAAGAGGCUAAAGAUGACGAUAGAGAGAUGCAAGACGACCACGACUUUCCCUGUGGGGUCCUGCUCCUGUGCAGGAGGGGGGAGGCCUUUUUCUGUGUUAUCUCAGAAUCCAUCCAUGGUGCCAACGUCUGUGUGUUACAGUAUUUGAGACAGUGCCCUGUGUUGAGUGUCGUACGUUCAAUUGGGGCAAGUGGGGAGAUUCAAGUCAGGUGUGUUUAUGUUUACGUUUUAGAAGCUGCCAAACUGCCCUGUGUUCUUAUUGCCGUCCUUCGAUUACCACGUUACUACUUUGUUGUUAAUGUCCAUGGGAUUUUACGUGAUCACAGUGCAAA